AAAAAACUGUGUCAAGUGAAGUUAAGGUGAACUGCGGCUCGUGCAGCAGUCGCACGAUGCACCCUGCAUGCACGAGCUGAGAGGACUCCUGCUGUAGAGUUGGUCUGAACAUCAACACCAUGACAGGUGACACGGUGGUGUGGAGGGGCCUGACCUGGAUGAAGCAGGCUGCCAGAAGAGCCCCAUCAGGUGGCCUUCACAGCACGGGGAGGCAGAGGCUGGUAAACUUCCAUCACGCUGCCGGAUCAGCAAGGGAGUCGUUGAACAAACAGCAAGAAGUCUGCGUCCACAGAGUCACAGCAGCUCGGGUUCACAGGUACUACUCCACCAUGGGGCCUCGUUUCAGUGCCUGUUUCAUUGGAAGUGUAAAUGGGGGACAGGGGACCUGCAUUGGAAGACCCAGCACUAAAAAUUACCGCCGGGACUGGUCCAGCCAACUGUUCUCUGGACAUACGAGGUUAUUUAACCAGGACAACUCCACAGUGGAGCGGCUCACAUCGGCAGGAGACGUCAAGAAAACAGACAAGAAGCAGCAUAAACAAGUGCUCAGUGAGAGAGCCAGAGAGAGGAAGGUGCCGGUCACACGGUUAGGAAGGCUGGUGAAUUUUGGAGGUCUGGCGGUCGGACUCGGCAUCGGGGCGAUCGCUGAAGUGGCGAAGAAGAGUUUAAAACCUCAGCAGCAAGGUGAUAAAAAGUCCGUACUGAACUCGAGCGCCUUCCUCUCCGAAGCCAACGCUGAGAGAAUCGUCCGGACGCUUUGCAAAGUCCGAGGCGCCGCUCUGAAACUCGGGCAGAUGCUCAGCAUUCAAGAUGACGCCUUCAUCAACCCUCAGCUGGCCAAAAUCUUCGAGCGUGUUCGACAGAGCGCAGACUUCAUGCCCUCUAAGCAGAUGAUGAAAGCCAUCAGCAGUGACCUCGGCCCCAACUGGAGAGACAAGCUGGAGUACUUCGAGGAGAAGCCGUUUGCAGCGGCGUCCAUCGGUCAGGUGCAUUUAGCGAGGCUGAAGGACGGCAGAGAGGUCGCCAUGAAGAUUCAGUACCCCGGAGUCGCCAAGAGUAUCGACAGUGACGUGAAUAAUAUCAUGACCGCUCUGAGUUUAAGCAACGCGCUGCCCGAAGGUCUGUUUCCUGAGCACCUUAUUGAGGUCAUGAGCCGCGAGCUGGCGCUGGAGUGCGAUUACAUAAGAGAGGCCAAAUGUGCCAAAAAGUUCCAAGAGCUGCUGAAGGAUCACCCCUACUUCUAUGUGCCCGAUGUGAUCGACGAGCUGAGCAGCCAGCACGUCCUCACCACGACGCUGGUGCCCGGUUUCCCCCUGGACCAGGCCACCGACCUCUCCCAGGAGCUCAGGAAUGAGAUUUGUGAGCAGAUCUUGAUAUUAUGCUUGAGGGAGCUGUUUGAGUUCAGAUACAUGCAGACUGAUCCAAACUGGUCCAACUUCUUCUUUGACCCUCAAGCUCAUAAGGUCGCCCUGCUGGACUUUGGAGCUACACGGGGAUUUGAUAAGAGUUUCACUGACACCUACAUCGAGAUCAUUAAUGCAGCUGCAAAGCAGGACAGAGAAGGUGUCCUACAGAGAUCCAGAGACAUGAAGUUCCUCACAGGAUACGAGACUAAGGUGAUGGAGAAGGCCCAUGUGGACGCAGUGAUGAUCCUCGGGGAGGCCUUCUCCGCAGAGGAGCCCUUUGACUUCGGGGCUCAAAGCACCACCGAGCGUAUCCACAGCCUCAUCCCUGUGAUGCUGAGGGAGCGACUCACGCCGCCCCCUGAGGAGACGUACUCCCUCCACCGCAAGAUGGGCGGCUCCUUCCUCAUCUGCUCCAAACUCAAAGCUAAAAUACCCUGCAAGAACAUGUUCCAGGAGGCCUACAGCAACUACUGGAAAGACGGACGCCCCGACUCAACACACUGAAGCUCCAGUUUUCCAAAAGGCGCGGUAAAACCAGGAUUUUCUAGCCUUGUGUGUGGUACGUUGAACAAUUUAACUCACACAUUCUUACCUGUGAAGGUGUAUUGUGUGUCAUGGGCCAGAUGUUACAUAGUUUUGUGUUUUUUUUU